AUGGUGAUCAAAGAGAAAUCAACAGUACAAAGCAUCGGUGGUAGAUUUGACGGAAUCGCUAUAGGCGUGUCGGCAAUCUCUUCGGCUUCAGGCUGCAUUGUCUUAGUCGGUUUGUGCAAAUCGGAGGCUUGUCGUUACUACGAUGCUGACGGUGUCGCUUGGGGAUAUCAGGAAAGUCUCGAACUAGGCAUGGCAGCGAUUGCCAGUUUUCGAGAUCGAAGGCUUGUGGGUUUGGUGGUCUAUAUCGUGAGGGGGGGUGGUGGUUUGGAGGUUAGGCUGGAUUAG